CCUAAGGAUGUAGUAAGUGACGCCGUUGCGAAGAUGAAUGGGGAAAGAUCGAGAGUUCAGCUGAUUAAGAGUAAAUUUGAGACGUUAUCGCACGCCCAAGACGACCAAAUUAUCGCUACUUCGUCGGCUGUUAAAAAAACAAAACCAGUUUUUCAGCGUUCAAGAACCUCGACCAACUUACUCGAGGCCAAAACGAACACUUGUAAUGAUUCGCCCGUGCAACACAACAUCCUGCGUGCCGUAAAUUCGAACAAAGUGACCAAAGUUGCGCGACAAACGGACGACAUAAAGAAGGAAUUUCGCAGCAGCAUCAAACGAAGUCCCGCAUUCCGUAAAACGGGCGAUCGUGCCACGAAAUUGCCGAGUCCCACGAGUGACGAGAAGAAAUCGCUCGAACCGGAAUUCGUGAAUUUGACUGACACGCUGAAAAAAGCGCUGAAACAGCCGUUACCAAAGGGAGAUCCGCCCCGAAAGCCAAAAAGAACGUUCGAAACGAACAUCGAGGAACUCGGGUACGUAGAAAUAUGCAAAAAUAAAGCGAAACCAAGGAAACGCCCUGAAUGUCUGAUAAUAUCAUCGCCAAAAAGUCCCGAAGCGGAACAGGAACCUGUUUACAUGGAUCCUCAAUUUUGCGUGAAGGCGGAAUGUUGCAGUCAUACAAAUAAUACGAAGGACCUUCAUUAUAUGUGCUCUGCAGUCAAGGAUACGCAUGAAAACAACGAUAAUAAUGCAUCCGCAGUAGCAACGACUUAUGACCAGAUCAAUAUUUUACUUGGAGCCGCAUAUGCUGACGCCAAUAAGCCAGAUCAACACGAACCCAUCGGAGUGACUAAAUUAGCGCGAUCUUUGACGGAAAAACGAAAAGAUUAUGUCAUCAGGACAGCUUCGCGCAAAGAUGAGUACCGUAAAACCGUUUAUUCGUUAUACAACACAAAAUCAAAGAAGGAUGAGGAAGUUGACUCAAUCGAGCCAGUGAAAGAGCGUUUGAACAAGUACAAGCGUCUUAUCGAAGGAAGUCAAAACGAACCGCAAAUCGACAGAAAUUCCAAAGCAAAAAGUCCAGCGCGCGACAAAAAACACUCGUUAUUCCAAACAUGCAGUCUCGUUGGCUUCGACAUCACCAAACGCCUUCCCUACGUGAAAUGGACGUUUCCUAAUACCGAACCAACACCCGAAAAUCUGGAAGAACUUGUCUUCCCAAGCAGUCAACUCGUGUACCAACAAAACCUCUCGAACCAAAAUUACAUCCAAAUAAUCACAAAUCUCGAAGGACACCGAACUUACGCGUUUUGUCGACGUGUCAUCCCCGAAGGUCCGACAUCGAUUCUCUUGCCAUUAGCCUAUUGCAUUGUCACGGACCAUCUCUUGCCCAGUUUUUACUUUGCGAUUUUGCGAGAAAUUGAAUCGCGUCACGGAAAAAGCGAAAUUUUCAUGAAAAAUAUCCUCCAGAAUUUGUAUCGACAGAAAAUUCCGGCGCCCGGAGAACAAUUGACAUGCAUGAACAUCAAAUCAGUAUCACCUCCCGUCGUAAUUCCGCCAAAUAUGAACAACAAUAAGUACACUCGAAGACUGAGUCUCGAAAAUUAUCCGAAAUGGAUGAAAGAUGCGACGUCCCCCGAUAACAAAGUCAAUGGGCGACGUAGUGAAGAUGUGAUUUUCGGUAUAAAACGUCCGAAUGAUCCGAGACUCGAAAAUACGGAGAUCAGUGAUUUGUAUAACGUAUUGGGAACUGAAGUGUUAUUGACACUUUUUUCAACGUUACUGCACGAAAGGAAGGUAAUUUUGCAUAGUUCGUGCAUAAAUACCCUUUCGACAUGCAUAAUUGGGCUCGAACGUCUUUUGUACCCCUUUAAAUGGCUAUUUCCGCAAAUCGUUUGUCUCCCCGAUCACAUCAGUGACAUUUGUGAAGCUCCGUUUCCCAUUUUUUGUGGCACUCUGAAGCCCGUGAACGCAGAAAAUAUCGAAAAUGGCUUGAUCGUGAACUUGGAUACCAAAAUGGUUGUGAAAUGCUAUGGCGAUGAGAACACAAUUCUACCGAAAAAGCUGAGACGAAGUCUGAAAAGAUCGCUGGAGCUGGUCAACUUGCUCGACGAAAGCAAUACACUCUCGAGUGCCUUAAUAUCAGAAGCCUUUUUAUGGUUUUUCGUUGAAAUUUUAACCAACAUCAAUAUUAAUGACUUUAAUAAACGCGAAUUUAUCGAAUCCAAAACCAGUGCAUCAGUAAAAUUAUUUCUCGAGUGGUUCAUUGAAACCUCAAUGUUUCAAAAUUUCUUAAACACACAGGAUUUGUGUGCCGACAAGCAGAAUUAUCAGUUAUUUUUCCACAAGUUGCAGGAAAAUUCGUCACUCAAUACGAAUCGGUCCUUCCAAAAUGUGGAAGCUUUAAUCCGAAAUUGUCACAUUAUUAAUAAGAAGUCGAAUACUUAUUACAAUCGACUCAAAGCCUUAUUCUCGUAAGCAUUUUUUUUAUAUGAAAGCAAUGUCCAUAAUAGUUUUAAGAACAAUUAUUUAUGAACUUUUAAAUAUUUUGGUGCAAGUGCACAUCAUCACA